AUGGUCGUCGGUGAGCCCGCGGCCCCGGGGCCCCUGGUCCGGCGGCUGCUGGCCCCAGAGAAGUCCGGAGGCAAAGGGGUGGUUCGGAGAAGAGGCUGCUACAUCUUCCCCCGCACAAUAGCGGUGGGAGGGCCCACGGCUUUUCAAAGACACACAUCUGGAGACCGGAGUCGGGAAAUCUACCCAGAAGUUGUGGGGUACCCCAGAAUUUUGGACCCUGAGCUUGAAGGACUCAGCGAGGGGGCCCUGAAGCAGACACAGGCCUCGGAGCUGACCCGGCUGCUUGGCGCUGACCUGCUCUCACCCCCCCCACCCCCGUGGAACCACCUGUCAGGGAUGCCUGACAGCACCACUGAUGAGAAGCUUGCAACCAAGAACUCAUGGAACAGGGACAAGAUGAGAAGCCAGCCAGAAAGAGCGACCUGCCCACUCCUGACUCCUCACAAUAGCUCCUUCCCAGCCCUCAGCCAGAGCAGAAAGAGCCUAAGCCCUCCUGGCUUCCGUCCCUGCUCCCCUGCCAUGCCCAUCUCCAAGGAGCUCCCUUUUGGCCUCUACUCUUUCUACCCGGGGUACCCGCUUUUCCUACCUCCACCUUACGCGUUCACCUAUGGGGCGCCACCUUCUGCUCGAGGUCCUCGCCUCUUCCUGCAGCCCCGGGAUACCUCCUAUCCCACCAAGGCCCCGCCCUGCUUGCCGACAACCAAUGAGAGGGGACCUCACCGAGCCCAGGAGGAGCCUCUGCUUCUCCACCCAGGGGCUUUCCGGACUUCCGGCCAUGCCCUGGACUCCCAGGCCCAGGAUCCAGACUCCAGAGCUGCCCUGCGCUCCUCCUCAGGGCUGGGCCAAGCUAGUGUCAUGACUCCAGCAAAGUGGGCCAUGCCAGGCUCCCGGGCUGGUAUCACAACCCUGCGCUGCCCACUGAAGAAAGAGGAUGGUAAAAUUCUAAACGAGUGCAACGUGUGUGGCAAGAGUUUGGGGCAGCUCUCCAACCUCAAAGUCCACAUGCGUGUGCACAGUGGGGAAGGUCCAUUCCAGUGUGCCCUGUGUCAGAAGAGCUUUACUGAGCUGGCCCACCUACAGAAGCGGUGCACACUGGUACACACUGGGGAGCGGCCCUAUUCAUGCCUGGGAAGACCCUUUUGCCCCUCCAAUAUGUGCCCCAAGGGCUUCAGCAGCUCCAGCAACCUCAAGACUCACCUGCGUCUUCACUCAGGGGACUGACCCUCCCAGUGCAGCAUGAGCAAGAGUCACUUCACUUUGCAGCAUGUCCACCUGAAGCUGCACAAUCGGCUGCCCCCCCAACCCUGUGGCCUGGCCCACACCCACCUGCGCAUGGCCUCUCUCACCUGUCUUGCCCAAUGGCUCCAAGGAACAUUAGAUCUUGCCGCAGCACCAUCAGAGAAGCAGAUGGGCCUGGGUGUGGACAAGGUUAAAGCGUCCUCAGUAUCUCAGGGAUAG